AUGGCUGGUCGGCUCCUUCCUCUCCUCGUGGCCGGCGCCAGCACCGUUGCCGCGCUGUCUAACAACCUGCCCGUCAAGCUCGAGACACGGACCGCCGUGACCUCGCGUCUCGCCAAUGUGCACGUAGACUUUGCCAGGGUCGUCGGCGGCGAGGUGCUCGUCACGUAUGGCUCUUGCACAUCAACCUCGCCAGACCAGGCCCAUCACGUCCUCGGCAAGACUGAGGGAGGCUCGGCCACACGACUCGUCUGGGUGCUGCCCGAAGAUACCGACUCAGACGGCUGCAUCUCCGCCUGGGACAGCAGCAAUGUGCUUGUUGGCCGUAGCGAGCCCCAGCUGCUUCAUCAGCGCCACAAACGCAGGGCGGAGAAGCGAGCCGUGGGCAUCGCCAUGAACAAUGCCACCGGCAUCGAUACCUUGGGGCCGUGGUUUGAGGGCGUCGAGCUCCUCAAGAACCGGGAGCCCGGCCCUGUCGACGUCAAGGCCGCCAAGGCCAAGGAGGUCGCCAUUGUCGGCGCCGGCAUGUCGGGAUUGAUGAGCUAUCUCGUCCUCAGCCAAGCCGGCAUGAAGAACAUCAAAAUCAUCGAGGCCGGCGGCCGCCUGGGCGGGAGGGUCCACACAGAGUAUCUCACCGGCGGUCCGUUCAACUACUCGUACCAAGAAAUGGGCCCCAUGCGCUUCCCCUGGACCUACACGGACCCUACGACCAAAGAGACGUUGAACAUUUCAGACCACCAGCUGGUGUAUCAGCUCGCCGAAGAGCUCAACAGCCUCAACAAGCACAGCAAAAACCUGAGCGUCGAUUUCAUCCCGUGGAUCCAGUCGAACCCCAACGGCCUAGUCUACAAGAAUGGCUUCAAGCUCCCCAGCGGGCUGCCGCCGACGGUUGCGCAGAUUUCCGCAAACCCGGCCUACGGCGCCCCGACGCGACCCCUGGACAACUCGACCCUAGCCCUCGCUGCAGCGGUGCAGAGCUACCUGCCCGGUCCCGAGUUCAAUGUGGAAAUGGCUAGAAACAUGUUCAAGGCCCACAAAGACUGGCAAGCGAACGGUCUUAAAGGACUUGGCGGCGAUGUCUGGAGCGAGUUUGCCUUCAUGGUCAAUUAUCUGGGAGGCUCGCUCAACGACACGGAUGUGAACGGCGGGGGCAGCGAGACGUUCUGGGAUGCCAUGUACGAGACAAUGUACUUCUCGGCCGGGACAUGGAAGACAAUCGACGGAGGCUUGAACAGGCUCCCGCUCGCGUUCCACCCGCUUGUUGACAAGGUCACGUCGAUGAACAAGAAGAUCGAACGAGUCCAGUUCGCGACGCAGAACGGCAAGAAGAAGGUCAACCUGCAGUGGCGCGACGACUUCAAGUCGCAGAAGUUCCACACCGAGUCGUAUGACUAUGCCGUCAUCACGGCGCCCUUCACCAUUGUGCGCAAGUGGCGGCUGCCGCAGCUGCCAACGACCAUCUCCAACGCCAUCAAAAACCUGAACUACGUGUCGGCGUGCAAGGUGGCGCUGGAGUUUAGCGAGCGCUUCUGGGAGCACUACGACAACCCCAUCGUGGGCGGCUGCUCGACGACGACCGACAUCCCCGGCAUCGCGUCUAUCUGCUACCCGUCCUACAACAUCAACGGCUCGGGACCGGCCACAAUGCUCGCGAGUUACUCGUCUGGGGAUUGGGCCGAGCGCUGGGUUGCGUCAAACGAGACCGAACACGUCCAGUACGUGCUGGACGCCAUGGUCGAGAUCCACGGCGACAAGGCCCGCAAGCUGUACACGGGCAAGUUCAACCGCCGGUGCUGGCUGCUCGAUCCUCUGACCUCGGGCGACUGGGCCAGCCCGACUGUCGGACAGCACCGGCUGUAUAUCCCAGAGUACUUUAAGACGUACGACGGACUGAUUUUCGUCGGAGAGCACACCUCGUAUACGCACGCGUGGAUUGCUUCGGCACUCGAGUCUGGCAUCCGCGGAUCAGUCCAGCUGCUCCUCGAACUGGGUCUGGUCGACGAAGCCAAGGCGACAGUGGAAAAGUGGAUGGCCAGAUGGAUCGACAUUCUGGGCGUCGGCUAA